GAUCCACAUUUCAGGAAGUCGGGUCAGAACUCAGAAAGAUGAUCCGAAGAUCGUCUCCGCCCCGCCCUCACCCAAACCAGGCGAUAGGAUUCCGUUUUUGCCCUCCUGUGGGCCGGCGAGAGUUCCAUGAUGGCCAGGGCAGUAAAGACCAUUUUCUCCAUCUCACACUCCCCAACGUUUUCCAGGAUUUUAUGAGCAGUAGAGAGGUUUCAGAGUUUUUUAGUGGGGCUAUGGCAGGGGCUAUGACUAAAUUUGUUCUUGCUCCUCUUGAAACCAUUAGGUGCGUCCUCUCAUUUUCUCUCAUCUUUUUCAUUAAAUCUAUCUCUUGGACAACUAAACAGAAUGGUUCAACCCCAAUUCAAACUGAAAUACACUAUUUGCAUUCUUUGAUAUUGUGCACCAUCUAUUGUUCAUGUUCCUCAUUACACCUUCAACACAUCUCAGGUCUACACCAUCUAAUGUUCAUGUUCCUCUUUAAGUUCCCACAUUCCAGGAUUCCACUCCUUGUACGGGCACACACCUUCUUGAUGAUUGAUGUAUCAAAAUCAAAGCUGUGGUCACCUUCUGUUAAAUUUCCUAAAUGUGCGCUCUAUGUUUUUCCUAGUAUUACCACACAUCCAUUGCAACACGUAUCUCCGUCACAUUCAUCUUCUUUAUCUAAAUCUUCUUUCGUUGUCCAACAUUGAGAUUCAUAUGGUAAAGCGGGUUUUAUAUGACAUGCCUUAAAAAAAUUCUCUUUGUUCUUAGUAGUGCUUAUCAAUCACACGGGAUUCCUUGAUCUCCUUUGAGUUUGGGGAGCGGAUAUGUACCCCCUUUUACUUUCCCAACUCCCUACUCACACCUCUUACUUAACACAAAUUCGCCCUAACCUAUAUAUAUGCUCCCUAUCCCCCAUUUCUCAAGGAUGGGUUUGUGAGGUGACAUAAUCUGGGGAGUGGGAUAGGAAAUGGGGACAGGGAAGGGGAAAAGGUUAUCCCAUCCCACUCCAUGAGUUUGAUCCAACUAGAACUUGAAACACAUAUGUAUGGUUCUUUUCCGUCUAAUUUCACCACACUCGAAACAUAGGACGAGGAUGGUGGUUGGGGUCGGAUCAAAACACAUAUGUGGCAGUUUUAUGCAAGUGGUAGAGGAGAGAGGUUGGAUGGGACUAUGGGCUGGAAACACAAUCAACAUGGUCCGCAUAGUUCCAACACAAGCCAUUGAGCUCGGGAUGUUUGAGUGUGUCAAGCGAGCAAUGAGCUUGGCUCAAGAGAGGUGGGCUCUCUCCGGUGGUCCAGAACUAGAGAUUGGCACUGUUAAGUUCAAUCUUCCUUUUACAUGGAUCUCUCCCAUUGCUGCUGGAGGCGCCGCUGCUGGAAUUGUGAGCACCCUCGUGUGCCACCCACUGGAAGUGUUAAAGGUAUGGAUUUUUUUUUCUUUUCACUCUAAAAAACAGAUAGAAGUAAACUAGUUUGAGAAGUGCAUUUGCUUAUUAUCACACACAAAAACAUUUAAAAAAGAUGUUCUUUGGGGCCCGUUUGGUGAUUUUGGAGAGCCAAGAUGACGAGUUGUGAAAUCUGAAAUGUUAAUGUUUGAAAAAUAUAUAAAAUGUUGGUUGUUUGUGACACAAAAUGAGUGGCUGGUGGCGGUCGGUGGUGGUUGAGGGAGAUAUCAAAAUCACAGUUUUUAAGUUGUGAUUUCGUGAUUAUCAAAUCUAAACCCUGUUUAAGCUUCACCAAGAACCAACAAAAGGGUUUUGAUAUC